UAGAGGGAGGGCGGGGAGGAGGAGGACGCCAGGAGGACAGACGCACACGGGACUCAUUUGGAGGCUUUUCAUCCCUCCCGCAAACAGAGCGUCCAAAUGAAUCCCAUGACUCAGCUCUACUACAAGAAGGCGACGUACUCACCGUACCGCGACCGCAUCCCGCUGCAGAUCGUGCGGGCCGAGGUGGAGUUGUCGGCGGAGGAACGCGGCUACCUCACGGCGGUGGAGAAGGGCGACUACGCGGGCGUCAAACAUGCGCUCCGCGAGGCGGAGGUCUACUACAACAUGGACGUCAACUGUCUGGACCCGCUGGGCCGCAGCGCGCUGCUCAUCGCCAUCGAGAACGAGAACCUGGAGAUCAUGGAGCUCCUGCUGGACCACGGCAUUCACACGGGCGACGCCCUGCUCUACGCCAUCAGGAAGGAGGUGGUGGGCGCAGUGGAGCUGCUGCUGUCGCACCGGCGGCCCAGCGGCGAGAAACAGGUUCCCUCGCUGAUGAUGGACAGCCAGUUUUCAGAGUUCACCCCCGACAUAACUCCCAUCAUGCUCGCUGCUCACACCAACAACUACGAGAUCAUCAAGCUGCUAGUGCAGAGGAAGGUCACCAUUCCUAGGCCGCACCAGAUCCGAUGCGACUGCGUGGAGUGCGUCUCCAGUUCAGAGGUGGACAGCCUGCGGCACUCGCGCUCUCGACUGAACAUCUACAAGGCCUUGGCGUCGCCCUCGCUCAUCGCGCUGUCCAGCGAGGAUCCGAUUCUGACGGCCUUCAGACUGGGCUGGGAACUAAAAGAACUCAGCAAGGUGGAGAACGAGUUCCGUCAGGAGUACGAGGAGCUGUCGCAGCAGUGCAAACGUUUUGCCAAAGAUCUUCUGGACCAGGCUAGGAGUUCCAGAGAGCUGGAGACCAUCCUGAACCACCGCGACAACGACCAGAGCGAGGAGCUGGACCCGCGACAGUGCCACGACCUGGCCAAGCUCAAACUGGCCAUCAAAUACCACCAAAAAGAGUUUGUGGCGCAGCCAAACUGCCAGCAGCUGUUGGCCACCCUGUGGUACGACGGCUUCCCGGGCUGGCGGCGGCGCCACUGGGUGGUCAAGCUGGUCACCUGCUUCAUCAUCGGACUCCUGUUUCCCAUCUUCUCAUUGAUCUACCUGCUGGCUCCCAAAGGCGCGCUGGGACGCUUCAUCAAGAAGCCCUUCAUCAAGUUCAUCUGUCACACGGCGUCCUAUCUGACCUUCCUCUUCCUGCUCUUGCUGGCCUCGCAGCACAUCGCCCGCACCAACCUGCACAUGCAGGGGCCGCCGCCCACCGUCGUGGAGUGGAUGAUUCUGCCGUGGGUGCUGGGAUUCAUCUGGGCAGAGAUAAAGGAAAUGUGGGACGGGGGGUUCACAGAGUACAUCCACGACUGGUGGAACCUGAUGGACUUCGCCAUGAACUCCCUCUACCUGGCCACCAUUUCACUGAAGAUAGUGGCCUACGUUAAGUACAACUCGUCUCGGCCCAGGGAGGAGUGGGAGAUGUGGCACCCGACGCUAAUAGCCGAGGCUCUGUUCGCCAUCGCCAACAUCUUCAGCUCGCUGAGACUCAUCUCGCUCUUCACUGCCAACUCGCACCUCGGGCCCUUGCAGAUCUCGCUGGGGAGGAUGCUGCUGGACAUCCUCAAGUUCCUCUUCAUCUACUGCCUGGUGCUGCUGGCGUUCGCCAACGGCCUGAACCAGCUGUACUUCUACUAUGAGACCACGGCCUCAGAGGAGCCCAACAACUGCAAGGGCAUCCGCUGCGAACGGCAGAACAACGCGUUCUCAACGCUCUUUGAGACUCUGCAGUCGCUCUUCUGGUCAAUAUUUGGUCUGCUCAACCUCUACGUCACCAACGUGAAGGCUCGUCACGAGUUUACAGAGUUCGUGGGAGCCACCAUGUUCGGGACAUACAAUGUGAUCUCGCUAGUGGUGCUCCUCAACAUGCUCAUCGCCAUGAUGAACAACUCGUACCAGCUCAUUGCUGACCACGCCGACAUCGAGUGGAAGUUCGCUCGCACCAAGCUGUGGAUGAGCUACUUUGACGAGGGAGGAACACUUCCGCCUCCUUUCAACAUCGUUCCCAGCCCCAAGUCCAUCUGGUACCUGCUCAUGUGGCUCCACAACAAGUUGUGUGGCCGAGGCCAGCCGCCCGGGGAGGACCCGCACAAGUGCGAGAACCUGCGAGAGUUCACGGAGCGUCACGCCGACAGUCUGAUACAGAACCAGCAUUACCAGGAAGUGAUCCGGAACCUGGUGAAGAGGUACGUUGCCGCCAUGAUCCGCAGCGCCAAGACGGACGAGGGCCUGACGGAGGAGAACUUUAAGGAGCUGAAGCAGGACAUCUCCAGUUUCCGCUACGAGGUCCUGGAUCUCCUGGGCAACCGGCGUCCUCCUCGUCGACACUACUCCUCCUCCAGCGACAUGGCGCGAGACGACGGGGGCGUGGCCUCGGAGGACGACAGCGAGCCGUGCGACACCGUCCAGAGGUCGAAGGGCGUGACCUUCACCGUGCCGCUGGAGGUGGACGACAGCCGGCCGGCACCCACGCUCGGCGUCUCCGCCUUGGUGCGCUCCAUUUCCGGGCUGAGCCAGGUGGAGCAGGAGGGCGAGGCGGGGGAGGAGCAAGGCGUGGGCCGGGGGGGGGAGGGGGAAGAGAAACCAAAGAGCAACGGGCUGAAGACCGCAACGGCCCCGCCUUCCGCCACCAGUGCCCUGCCCUCGUCCUCCUCCUCGUCUUCGUCGUUCUCCUCCUCGCUCUCCACCUCGCUGGCUCGCACCAAAAGCCGCCUGCAGCGUCUGUCGGCGCCGGCGGCCAACACCGACUCCUUCAAGCGCCUCUCCUUCCUCUUCUCCCGCUCCAAACGCUCACCCCUGCCCCUCCAAUCCCCGCCCUCCUACACCAUCUCCGACGGGCUGCUUCUCCCGCAGGGGGGUCACUCGGACGUGGGACUGGGCCGUGUGACCAAAAGCGAGACCCGCCUGAACGAGGCGGGCCUCUCGGUGGACGCCAACAGCUCCUCCUUCUCGCCGCGGAGAACAAACGGACGCGACGCGCUCCUGACGCUCCCCCCCCCUCCCCCUUGUCCCUGCCAGUCGCUGCACUGUACGUCCAACAUGUCAGAGUCCAGCGCACGGCUCCUGGACUCCAGCGAGGACCUUUUCCAGGGCGGUGGCGUGGAGGCGGCGGGUGGCGGCGGGGUGGUGAUGAUGAUGGGCGGGUGGGUUGGACCCUGUGACGAUGUCAUCGAGGACAGCUGCGAGGUCAUCGAGGACUCGGUCAGCACGCAACUAUAGAACCACGUUUAGCCGGCCCGACUUUUUGGUCGCUUCAACACGUUGCGCAGGGAUGAAGUCCGACACCCGAGGCUGGAUUUACACCGCGGGUCGAAGUGCCCAGUUCUUUCUAAUUUACCGGUGACACGCAUCCUAUAUCACUGUGUUUACAUAUAUUGAACUCAUGAAACAAUCCGCAUGCGCACACUUCUUGACUUGCACGUUCACACCUACACUAGCGUCAAUGUCACACCUCAAAUGUACAGUACAUAUUUACACCAUAUUCCAUGUUCUAUACAGUUCUAAUGUACACCAUAUUUAAUCUAUUCUUUUGCCGUUGUUGACGGCGGGUGUUUUUUGUGUACUUUGGCGACGUUAGAUCCAAUCUUUCGUUGGAUAUCACAGAAGCCCGAUUCCGAUCGGAUUCCGUGCAUUUUUUGUUUCUCUCUUUCUGCCGCCUCGGCGCCCAUCUGAAUUGUCCCACUUGGAAGCCAAAACAGUCUCAAUUCUGUCGCUUGUACCAUGUCGUGUAAAUCCAGCCUUUGUGAGUGGCCGCCAUUUUGUUGUUGGGGAAAAAACAUGCCAGCGACUUCGCCAUCCGCUAAUCCUCAAAACGUCUGGCGAGGGCUGGCUUUCCGUAAAAACAU